AUGGCCGUCGGGCAAGCAGAAGACCAACAGGUCGCGGUGCCGCGGAAGCUCUGGGAGCACCCCAACCCAGAGUCAACUUAUCUGUACCGGUUCAUUCAGGACAUCAACCGCAAACAUAACCUGCAGCUAAAGACAUUCGCAGACCUCCAUGCCUGGAGUAUUGCCAACCGCUCGGCCUUCUGGGCUGCCGUCUUUGAAGACGCCGAUUACAUCUACGAAGGCCGCUACACCCGCGUCGUCGACGAGUCCCUGCCCAUCGAUGCCGUCCCGCGUUGGUUUGAGGGUGUGCGCCUGAACUGGGCCGAGAACAUGCUCUACUCGCACCCGACCGGUACUCCGAGCACUACCCGAAGCACCGCAGGCAAGGAAGACAGCCGGAUCGCUAUCACGGAGGUCCGUGAGGGCGCUAGCGAAGUCAGGGAGGUCACCUUCGGUGAGUUGAGGCAGCAGGCUGGCCGCCUGGCCAGGGCGAUGCAGGCCAGAGGAGUCAAGAAAGGUGAUCGCAUCGUGGUUGUGUGCGCCAACAGCGUUGAGACAUUGGUGGUUUUUCUCGCAACGACCUGGCUAGGUGCGAUCUUUAGCAGCAGCUCGACCGACAUGGGUGUCAAGGGGAUUCUGCAGAGGGCGGUUCAGGUCAACCCGAAGUUGCUGUUUAUGGAUGAUGGUGCCCUCUAUAACGGGAAGGUGGUUGACCUCCGGGGAAAGAUGGCUGAGGUUGUCGAGGGGCUGAAGCAGUGCUCUAACUUUAAUGGUGUGGUAUCCAUCCGGCGGUUCGCGAAGGCGUAUGAUAUCUCGAAGGUGCCCAAUGCCGAGACAUGGGACUCGUUCAUGGCCGCUGCUGGUCCUGAUCCGAAGGCACCUGCCCCCGAGUUUGUUCGCAUCCCCUUCCACGAGCCCUUCCUCAUCUGCUACUCGUCUGGUACAACGGGCACGCCCAAGGCCAUUGUGCACUCUAUCGGAGGUGUUCUCAUCAGCAUGUACAAGGAGGGCCACCUGCACGAAGGCACUGAUGCCGACACAGUCACCCUGCAAUACACCACGACGGGCUGGAUCAUGUACCUCAGCAGCAUCGCCAUCCUCCUGCAGGGCGGCCGUGCCAUCCUGUACGAUGGCUCGCCCUUCCAGCCCGACGUCGGCAUCCUCGUCCGUGUGGCCUCCCAAUACGGCGCCACCAAGCUAGGCAUCAGCCCCCGCUGGAUGUUUGAGAUUGCCAAACGCGGCCUGCGUCCCCGUGAGAUGGCUGAUCUCUCUCGCCUGCGCACCGUCACCUCCACAGGUAUGGUUCUCUCCGACCAACUCUUCGAAUGGUUCUACGACGAGGGGUUUCCCCCGAACGUCCACUUAGGCAACAUCUCCGGCGGCACCGACAUCGCGGGCUGCUUCGGCAUCAUGAACCAGCUCACUCCCGUCUACGUCGGCGGUACGCAAGGCCCCUCCCUCGGCGUCCCCGUCGCCAUCUUCGACUCCCUCCUCCCCGACGGCGCCCCCGGUAAGGAAGUUCCCCCCGGCACUCCAGGCGAACUGGUCGCAACCGCCGCCUUCCCCAACAUCCCGUGCUUCUUCUGGGCCGACAACAAGCCCACGAGCGGCAGUGGCCCAGCAGCUCCGGGCACGAGGUAUCACUCGUCGUAUUUCGCUCGCUUCCCGCACGUCUGGGCGCAUGGAGAUUUCUGCGUGGUUCAUCCCGUCACGGGGGGUAUCAGCUUCCUGGGCAGGGCGGACGGCGUGCUGAACCCGAGCGGUCCCGGGCAUAAGUUUGAUGAGAAGCUGGUGAAGGAAGUUAAGGAGGCGAUUGCGACGGAUUUGAGCAAGCGGCACGUGCCGAAGUAUGUUUUUGAGACGCCCGAGAUUCCGACAACCGUCAAUCUCAAGAAGGUCGAGCUGCCUGUUAAGCAGAUUGUCUCGGGUCAGAUCAUCAAGCCCAGCGGGACGUUGCUUAACCCGCAGAGCUUGCAAUACUACUACCAGUUUGCCAAGGUGGAAGAGCUGGUCAAUUCGAAGGCGAAGCUGUGA